AUGUCCGCAACGUUUCUUGUCACUGGAGGUGCGGGCUUUAUGGGCUCGCACAUGGUGGACUUGCUAUUGCAAGAGUACCCAAACCACAAAGUUGUGUGUAUCGACAAGCUUUCCUAUGCGUGCUAUCAUCUGACUAAAAAUAUCGAAAGAGCACUUCGGAACCCGAACUUUCGUUUUCUACAGUGGGACCUUGCGCAGGAUUACGAGCUUCUUCACAAAUUAUUGGUUGAGGACUGGGAAUCCUCCCGCAUCACCACCGUCCUCAACUUUGCGGCUGAGACAUGCGUGGACCGCUCAUUCGAUGCCCCACUUUACUUCACCACCAACAACAUUGUUGGCCUCCAAAACUUGCUCGAGUGUUUACGACACCUUUUUGAGCGGCGGCCUGAAUUGCGCCUGAAAUUACGCUUUGUACAUGUAUCCACGGACGAAGUAUACGGUGAACAAGAGCCGUGGGAAAGUUCGGCCGAGGAAAGUGCAUUAAAACCGACAAGCCCAUACGCGGCCACCAAAGCAGCUUGUGAUCUAAUAAUAGGCGCGUACGUCAAGUCUUUCCAAGUGGCGGCCACCAUUGUCCGACCUAAUAACGUGUAUGGGCCACGCCAGUUUCCCGAAAAGCUAGUGUCUGUAUGCUUGACGCAAUUGCAGAAGGUGCGUCUGUCCCUGGAUGCACUUGCCCUUGAAUCGCGCAUACCUUUGCAUGGCCUGGGUGAGUACACGAGAAUGUACUUGCAUGUAUUCGAUUUUGUCCGUGCAGUCAACGUGAUUUUGAAGAAAACUCACCUGUUGGAAGGAGAGUUGCCUGUAUUCAACAUUGGCACUGCUGAUGAGAUUCUGAACAUUCGAUUUGUGCAAAUGAUCAUCGAUGCGUAUAUGCGGAUCAGGUUUGGACAAGAAAACACUGACUACUCCAAAUACAUUAGGUUUGUGAAGGAUCGCAAUUACAACGAUAAGCGAUAUGCGAUCGACUCAUCAAAAGUAAAAGCCUUGGGCUGGCGCCAACAAGUUUCGUUGGAAGAAGGCAUAACGCAGCUUGUGCAAGAAGCAACUUCGCAUCGUGCAACGAAGUUAUAA